ACAGUGUUAAUCUCGCCGGCGUCACGAUCGCAAAGUCGUCAUGGCAGUGGAAGUGCUCUCCGGAAAGGUCUUCCUCCUAAUUACCGGCGCCAGUCAGGGGAUCGGGAGGCAAAUCGCUGUGACCUUUUCAGAAUUACUUGAGCCUGGCUCCAAGCUAUUGCUUCUGGCCUUGGACGAGGAAGGGCUGAAGGGAACUGCGGAUAAAGUCUCCAAACAUGUUUCUGUGGACCUCAAGGCAGUUGAUCUGUCUGUUGCAACGGCUGAUCAACUGUCUGAGAUAAUAAAAAAAUCGGUGAAUCCAGCGCAGUUUGAUCGCAUUGUUAUCACUCACAAUGUCGCAUCGAUGGGUGAUUUGUCAAAACUCACUACUGAAAUGGCUGACUUCGAAUACUGGAGGAAAUACUACGAUUUGAAUGUAUUUUCCCCAGCAGUGCUCAAUUCUGUUGUCAUGAAAUUAUUCAAAGACAAUGGUAAAUGUAAAAAAGUUGUCAUUAAUAUGACCUCACACGCUGGCAUUCUACCCGUGAAAUGCUCGGGGUACUAUUGCUCCGGUAAAGCCGCGAGGGAGAUGUACUUCAAGGUAUUCGCUGAGGAAUAUCCAGAGGUGAACGUCCUCAACUACUCUCCAGGAUCAGUAAAAACCGAAUUAUUCGACACCUUCCGCGACACCGUUGCUGACCCGGGGGAGCAGAAGAAAAUCCACGAAAUGAUAUCGAAUAACCAGGUGUUAACUACUGAACAAACUGUCAAUCGCCUCGUGGAUAUUCUCAAAAACCAAUUGUACAAGUCAGGGGCGCACGUUGACUACCACGACAAGCUCUCGACAGUCUAAACGCCAAGUUUCUCAGUUCUUUACUUCGUUCUUGUGAUGAGAAAUAAAACAACACAUCCCAAAAUUGGGGGAUUCAUGCCCUUCACUUCCAAAAAACAUUAUUUUUAUUGUAGAAAUGUUGAAAACUUGGAUUUAUAAAGAUGUCAAUCAAUUC